AUGCCUUUAGUUGACGAAAAAUUACUACAAAAACAAGUUUCAGUGGCACCUUUAGUCUUACUAUCGGCCGUUGAUCAUUACAAUAGAAUUGCCAAAGACACCAAGAAGAGAGUUGUUGGUGUGAUAUUGGGUGAUAACUCUACAGAUACCAUUAGAAUUUCUAAUAGUUUUGCUAUACCUUUUGAAGAAGAUGAAAAAAAUCCUGAAGUUUGGUUUUUGGAUCAUAAUUAUAUUGAAUCUAUGAAUGAAAUGUUUAAAAAAAUUAAUGCUAAAGAAAGAUUAAUCGGAUGGUAUCAUUCAGGUCCAAAAUUAAAAGCUUCAGAUUUGAAAAUUAAUGAAGUUUUCAAAAAAUAUACACCAAAUCCAACUUUAUUAAUUGUUGAUGUUAAACAAAAUGGAGUUGGUAUUCCAACAGAUGCAUAUAUAGCUAUUGAAGAAGUUAAAGAUGAUGGUACAAGUACUGAAAAGACUUUUAAUCAUAUUCCAUCCAUCAUUGAAGCUGAAGAAGCUGAAGAAAUAGGUGUUGAACAUUUAUUAAGAGAUAUUAGAGAUCAAGCUGCAGGUUCUUUAUCAAUUAAGAUAACAAAUCAAUUAAAAUCUUUACAAGGUUUACAAUUAAAAUUAAGAGAUAUUGUUAAUUAUUUAGAAAAAGUUUCAUCAGGUUCAUUACCAGUUAAUAAUACAAUUUUAGGAAAAUUACAAGAUGUUUUCAAUUUAUUACCAAAUUUAUCAGGUAUUGAUGAAUUAAAUGAAGAAGAUGUUGAUAAUGUUGCCAACUCUAAGAACCCAUUAGCUACUGCAUUCACAGUCAAGACAAAUGAUGAGUUAAUGGUUACAUAUAUUAGUAGUUUAGUUAGAUCAAUUAUUGCAUUCCAUGAUUUAAUUGAAAAUAAAAUUGAAAAUAAGAAAUUAGAAGAAAAAGAACAAAACGAAGCAUUAGCUAAAUUAGAAGCCAAAAAUAAACCAACUGAAGAACAACCAGAAACUAAAGUGGAAAAUUAG